UUUUCGACACCAUUUGCAAGCUGCGACAGGUCCGACCAUUUAUUAUUUCUUUUACCCAAAAAAAACUCUAGAAAAUACAAAAAAUUGUCAAUAAUAAAAACAACUUGACAUGGCACCCUAAACUUAAAGUGACGAGUAGUCUCUCGGUCUCUCUCUCUCUCUAUCAAUCUAUCUAUCUAUCUAUAUGUUCUCUCUAGUGUAGAUGAGAAAGUAGAGUAGAAUGGUGGUGUCACGCUCAAGAGCAUCUUUUUGCUUAUCUUCUUCUCCUCCUCCACCGGCGUUGCAUUUGCAUCGUUAGCUUAUUCCCAUCGUCACACACCACACCAUGUGCAAGUCCAGCUCACACGCUCUCCCCACCACCACUGCUCCUUCUUCCUCUCACCGCCGCCGAUCCCCUUCCACCGGCACCGGCACAGCAUCCUCCUCCUCCGCGGCCACGGCCACCACCUCCUCCGGACCCCGCACCACCACAACAACAACCACCGGCACCGGCACCGCAUCAUCCUCCUCUCACUCAAGCCGCUCCAGCCUCGCCGCGGAGGGAGCGCGCGCCUCCCUCCCGUACCAGCCGGUCCUCUACUCCUUCCACGAGCUCGCCGCAGCCACCAACAACUUCCUCGCCAAGCGCAACCCCUCCGACGCCACCUUCUGGCGCUGCUCCCUCCGCUCCCGCCACGCCGCCCUCUUCCAGCUCCGCCCGCUCCCCCAGCUCACCCCCGCGGCCGCCUCCGCCGCGCUCGCACGGGUCGCGCGCUACCACCACGCCAGCCUCGCGCGACUCCUCGGCGCCUGCCCCGCCGGCGCCCACGUCUACCUCGCCUACGAGCUCCCCACCAGCGCCUGCACCCUCGCCGCAUGCCUCUCCUCCUCGCGCGCCGGCGGCGGCAGCACCAGCAGCAACACCAGCACCACCAACACGGUCCUCCCCACGUGGCUGUCCCGCGUGCAGGUCGCGGUGGACGUGGCGCAGGGCAUCGAGUACGCGCACGCGCACGCCGACGCCGCGCACGGCCGCGUCUCGCCCUCGUCCGUCCUGCUCGUCCCCGACGCCGGCAGCAGCAAGGGCGUGCGCGGCGUGCUCACCCACUUCGGGGCGGCCCACUUCGCCGACGCCCAAGCCACGGAGCAGCCGCCGUCCAAGGCCAAGGGAGGAAAGGCGGGGGACGUGCGGGCGUUCGGGGUGCUCCUGCUGGGGCUGCUGGCCGGGGAGCCGGCGGAGAGCCGGUACCGGUUCGACCGCGGCACCAAGGAGUUGGCGCGCGUGUCGGUGGUGGACACGGCGGCGGAGGCGGUCCGGACCGGGCGGGUGCGGAGCUGGCUGGACCGGCGGCUGGGCGACUCGUUCCCCGUGGCCGCCGCGGAGAGGCUGGUGGAGGUCGGGCUGCGGUGCGCCGCCGGCGACGACGAGGAAGAGGAGCGGCCGGAGAUGGCGUGGGUGGCCGGCAAGGUGUCGCGGGUGUACGUCGAGUCCCGUGCGUGGGAGCGCACGCUGCAGCCGCACUCCGACGACCUUUCCUCCGUCGCACUCGCGCCGCGAUAGCCCGACCGACAUUAAUACAAGUUGACCUUUUUUUCUUCUUCUUCUUCUUUUCACAUCUACUGCUUGUACUGUACUUUGGCUCUCACAAACUUGGAUGCAGCAGAUUCUUGGUUGUAUUUUGAGUUUCAAAUUUGAUUCUUGGUUACAAAUUAACAUGUUUCAAAUUCUCUUGUCA